AUCAUUUGGGUUCUCUAUAAAUAAGAACCUGAAACUCGCAAGACGGAGCGGAGUAAAGACAUUUCUUUCAUUCAUGGAGAACAACGAAGAUAAUCAGAAUGAGACGGAGCAAUCACAGCAGGAUGUCAUGGAUUCAUUCCAGUUCCCGCUAGUCACCAAUGGACUCCUAACAAACCAAAUAAUGGGCACCAAUCCACAACUGCUGCCAAACGGGAUGCCGAUCCAGUUCCCCUAUCCAUAUCCUUCACAAUAUCAAAUUCCUCGACAGCAGCUUCCGCCUCCACAGUUUAUGCAGCAGGAGCUCCGGCUUCAGCUCUUCUGGGCAGAUCAGCUGCAGGAAGUCCUAGCCAUCAAGGACUUCAAGAAUCACAGCCUCCCCCUGGCCAGGAUCAAGAAGAUCAUGAAGGCUGACGAAGAAGUCAAGAUGAUCGCCGCCGAGACGCCGGUGAUCUUCUCGAAGGCGUGCGAGAUGUUCAUCCUGGAGCUGACGCAUCGUGCGUACUUUCAGGCCGAGCUGAACAAGCGAAAGACUUUGCUGAAGAGCGACCUCUCUCUAGCAGUUGCGAAUCAUCAGAUGUUUGAUUUUUUGGUGGAUAUUGUGCCGAUGGAAGAGGCGGCGCAUGGGGGGGCGGCGGCGGCGGCGACGAUUCCUGGGGUUGAAGAACUGAAUCAAUCAAUUCCUUGUUUCUAUGAUCCUUCUAAUUUCAGUUCAUUGAUGGUGGAUAUGAGGCAUCCUGAGAUGCUUCCACACGGUUCAUCAUCUACACAGCAGCAUCAGUAUGGCAAUGCCUCUGAAGAUGGAGGAACGCCACCACCAAGCUCACCUCCAUAACUCUUGCUGCUCUGAUCAGUGAUAAUCAUAUUUCUUUACAUGUUAAUUUACUCUUUAUUUAUUUUAUUAUUUUAUUAUUAUUAUUAUUAUUAUUAUUAUUAUUAUUAUUAUUUUGUGCAAUAAUAGCCGCCCCAAUGCUUGGGACGGGACACCAUUUUAUUUCUUUCGUUUUAUUUUGAUUGACUCCUGUGCAUGAAUUUGAUAUGCUGCAAUUA